UAAACAACAAAAUAUAAAUAACAAAAAGUGAACUACUUGCGCUUUACAGCAGACAUCUUACAAAUAAAUGAUAAGACACAUCCAUUGCAAUUAACAGAUUAAUAGUGAACUUACAGCGACCUAGUGCCGUUAUAAUUGCCAAAGAGCAGCUGUUGAAUUUUUCUGUUCGCGACACUGAAAUAUUUAUUACACAACAAAUAAAUCAAAUAAAGACAUAUCGACAAUGUGCAACAUUAUAAAAUUGGCAGCGUACAGUCUAUAAAUAAUUUGUAAACAAACUGAGAAAGAGGAAAGACGCUCGCGCAAGCAAAUAACAGAAAGCCAUUGACACUGACCCACUGAUUGAUCUGCAAUUGUGUUCUGUCAUCGGCCGACGCCGACGUCAAUGAAAUUAACGUUCCGCAGGCCAAACGGAUUCACGUGCAACAGCCGCUGAAAUGGCGAACCGACAAAUGGCGCAGCCAGCAGAAAACCCUUUACGUCUAUCCUGGCACGAUACCCAGAUGAUGGCCACAUUGAGUCCCCAGACCGUUAUGGACUACUUUUGUCGUAAGAGCAAUCCCUUCUACGACCACAUGUGCAACAACGAAACGAUAAGAAUGCAACGUCUUGGAGUUGAGCACUUACAUAAUAUGCUUGGCAUGGAGUAUAUUUUGCUUCACGUCGCUGAACCUAUCCUCUAUGUCAUCCGCAAGCAGCAUCGCCACAAUCCUUCAGAGGCGACACCAAUUGCCGACUACUAUAUAAUUGGGGGCACCGUAUACCAAGCGCCCGAUCUGGCCAAUGUUAUAAAUGCGCGUAUUCUCAACACAGUUGUCAAUCUGCAGUCCGCAUUCGAGGAAGCCAGCAGCUAUGCGCGCUAUCAUCCCAACAAGGGCUACUAUUGGGACUUUUCGUCCAACAAAGUUUUGUCGGACAAGUCUAAAAAUGAUAAAAAGGAUCCGAACGCAGCCAAGGAUGACAACAGUGGAACUCUCUUCCAAAAGCAACGUGUGGACAUGUUGUUGGCCGAAUUAUUACGUAAAUUUCCACCGCCCAUACCACCAAUGCUACAAAAUUUGCAGCAGCCGCUGCAAGUGGCCUCGGGAGCCGAGGGCAGCAUGGGCGCGAAUUCAGCAGAGAAUCAUGCCAUUGGCCCAUUGGAUGUGGCAACGGAGAGCAUAGACAUGAAGCCGCCGCCUGAGAAGAAAUCGAAAUGAUUGGCGAGCAAUUUAAUCAUUUAAUCGUAUAUUUGAUAAUAAGUAAAGUAAACACAACUUAAUCU